UCUGUUGUUGCCUGUGGCUAUAUCCGUUCAUAGUUUAGUCAGAGAACAACAAAUGUAGUCCGUUUAGUGCUAAACCCGCUGUUGUAGUGUGGUACAGGUGUAAAUCAUGUGCUACAUGUCAACUGACUGCGGUUAGCUUACAGUAGUUAGCUUACAGUGGCUAAUGGACAGUAAUUAUCUUACAGUUGCUUACUGGCUGUGGCUAGCACAUUGAGUCAGUUGUGAAUGUCUAGAACUUAAAAGGCUCGAAGGUUUGGUGACGUCCUGCUGGGUUUGGUGACAUCUUCCACCAUGUCCAAGCUCCAGGGCUUUGAGUUCUGGAGGCAAACCUUGAAGGAAGCACGCUUUGUGGUGGCGCCCAUGGUGGACCAGAGUGAACUGGCUUGGCGCCUGCUGAGCCGUCGCCAUGGCGCCCAGCUCUGCUACACCCCCAUGUUUCACGCUCAGGUGUUUGUUCGUGAUUCCAACUACAGGAGGGAGAACCUGUAUAAUGAAGUCUGUGAGGAGGACCGACCUCUCAUCACACAGUUUUGUGCCAAUGACCCGGAGGUGUUUGUCCAGGCUGCUCUGUUGGCCCAGGACUACUGUGACGCCAUCGACCUCAACCUGGGCUGUCCUCAGAUGAUCGCCAAGAGAGGGCACUACGGAGUUUUCCUACAAGAUGAGUGGGAGCUGUUAGAAAAAAUGGUCAGAUUAGCCAAUGAGAAGCUGUCUGUGCCGAUCACAUGUAAGAUCCGUGUGUUCAAAGACAUCGAGAAGACAGUUCACUAUGCCCAGAUGCUUGAGAAGGCUGGAUGUCAGCUGCUGACAGUGCACGGCAGAACUAAAGAUCAGAAAGGAGCCAUGACGGGGAUCGCCAGCUGGGAGCACAUAAAGGCCGUCCGGAAGGCUGUUGGAAUUCCGGUGUUUGCCAAUGGAAACAUUCAGCAUCUGAGUGAUGUGGAGCGCUGCAUUCAGGAGACCGGGGUCCAGGGCGUCAUGAGUGCAGAGGGGAACCUUCAUAACCCUGCUCUGUUCGAGGGUCGUAGCCCCCCAGUGUGGGAGAUGGCAGAGGAGUAUCUGGAGGUGGUGAAGCAACACCCCCCCUGCACCCUGUCAUUCGUACGCGCCCACCUCUUCAAGCUCUGGCAUCACACGCUCCAGAUCCACCAGGACCUGAGGGAGGACUUAGCCAAGGUCAAGACUUUAGAGGGUUUGGCUGACGUCAGUAAACAGCUGAGGCUGCGCUGCCAGGAGGAGAUUGCCAGAGGAAAAGGUGUAGAGGAGAAGGGGAGUGGACUGCCCCUCCCCCACUGGAUCUGCCAGCCCUAUGUCAGACCAGCGCCAAAGGAUGCUGUUGCCAAUGGUAACGGUCAGGCCUCAGAGGUGAAGAAGACAGUCUGUCAGAAGAGGGCGCUGGAGGACUCGGACAGAACAGCUGAUACACUCUCUAAAAACAAGCAGAAGAAGAGAUCCCGAAACCCCAACAAGAACUUCUGUCCUGAGCAGAAACCCAAAUACAUCAAAUGUGAUCAGUGUGGGAACCCCAAGGGAAAUAAGUGUGUGUUCAACCUGUGUCGAGGCUGUUGUAAGAAGAAGGCGUACAAGGAGGUGGCGGACUGUCCAAGUCAUGGUCUGAGGUUCAAGACCAAAGCAGAUAAACGCAAAGCAGAGGAGGGGGAGGAGGAGGAAAGGAAGGAGGGUCCGGAAAUGGGACCUGAGAAGAGCAGAGUUUCUCCUCAGUCCCCCCCAGACCCGAGCCCAGGACCACAGGAACAGCUGCUACUAUGAGCCCCUCCCCCACCCCAUUAGACAACUGUAAGCUGACAGGUGGAAUGACAUGAGCAGACUGGUCAGUCCUCGCAUCAGGAAAAGACCCUGAACUGAGGUUUGAUGUUCAGCAUCUGCCUCCUGAAGUGUCUUUGAAAACUCCCAACAGUCUAGAUGUUUGACUACAAACACCAGCGCUGCAGGAACGGGGACAUAGCGUCAUUUAUUUUACCACUGCUGCUGUUUUUUCAGGAUACGAGGUGAUCAGGAUAGUGUGGGCGUGUGUGUGGGGGGGGGUCAAUGACACAGCUGCUACGUAGCCUCAACCACAGGUGUCCAAAGAGAGACAUUCUGUAGGGAUUGACACUCAAAUAUGAGUGGACUCUCAUCUAAAGGCCAAAACAUAAUGCUGAAAAUGGGAUUUAGUGAUGCUUGGAGAUCAUUUGCUGUCAAAACCAAAUGAGCCACACGUCAUACAAAUACUAUGCAAGUACAAAACAUAAUGCAUCUAUGAAAUACUCAACAAUUCCAAUAUAGCAAGUCUUACAAGUCCAGAAAUACUGCAUAACUUUUGGCACAAAGUUUUCAGAGGUUUCACAGUUUUUCCUCAGGUUUCACCCUCUACAACAAUGAGUGUCACCAGUCAGUUUAAAAUGCUCUUAUGCUGAUUUCUGCCAAGUACACAGAAGAACAAAAGAGUAAGCAUUUAAAAGAUAAGAUUACGUAGGAUUAUGCAGUUAACCGCAAACAAUCAUGAAACUGGUCAACUUAAGUAGUUGUCAUUUGCUACCUGAAGGCCAACUUUCUGUCUCCAUCUCUCCAUUGUCUGAUUGAUUUGCCAGUACCACAUAACCACUGAGAAACCAUCAGCAUGUUUUAUUCCUUUAUCAUGGCUUGGUUCCAUCUCCCUGUGUUUGGUUUAUUCUCUGUCUGCUCAUCCCUGACCUGUGUGCCCUGAAAACAGACUGAUAAUGAAAGAGUUUUAUUAGUUGUUAUUAAUAAUAAUAUUUUAAUCGUUCUGGUCUUGGGCCACACUGAGCGAUGCAGCAGCAUUACCUUUGCACAAUGGUUUCAGAAGAGAACUUGUGCUGGUCGAGCAUGUGAGCACGAGGAAGUGAGUCAUGGAAUUAAAAUUACAGAAAAUGACCCAUGUAGACACAUGUUUGUCCAAACCUUCCAUUUUUUUUUUGGUGGAUUUGCACAUCUUGUAUGUGGGUCUUUGACACAGGUAGAGGAUGGAAGUAGGAUGUCAGAAUAAGGGUAAAUGGCAGAGUACAUCCAGACUACAAGUUCUGCACAUCAGGGCUUUAAAUGGACCCAGAGCCCCGCCCAGUGGUGUGGAGGGUGAAUUACUCCUGAAUAUCUUCAUGAACAUGAAUCGGCAUUAACACAGUGGGAAAACUUCUGUACUCAGAGAUUGUGCCAAAAGUCUCUGGAAUUUUUUUUAAAUGUAUUUAUUUUUUAAACUACUAAGAUGUUUUUUUUUUGUUUGUUUUUGAACCAUCAUGUUUGUUUUGUGUUUGUUGAUGAGUGUGUUUUGUAUCUACUAAACUGUUUCUGAGUGAAUUGCAGAGUAUUUGUAAAACGUGAACUUGUUUGUUUGGUUUUGGAAGGAAUUUGCUCCGUUUUUUUUUUUUUUUUUUUUUUUUAAUCUUCCUCAUAGGUAUGGAAAAUAUUAUGAAUGACUUCUUUCUUCUCUUAUUUUCAAAUUUGCUUCUGAAGUUAGUUUAACCAAAGUGUUACUGUGUCACCAAAGUUUACAGACCCAGUAACUUUCAGAUUGUCUUAAUUUUCUCUUGUUUUUUAAGAUGAGUGAAUGUGGUUUGUUGUUGGCUCAUUUGUUAAAGUAUUUAUUUUGGUUAAAGGCUUGGCCUGUAGAGCUUUGACCUAAUACACAAUAUGUGCCUUUUAAAGUGGAAUACCACUGCCAGUCCACACCGUGGUGCUGCAUCUGCUGUUUUCAACACAUUCAGCUACAAUCCAGAACAAAUGUUCAUAUAAAGGUGCUGCCUCUAUUAUUUUUCUUACAAUGUGGAAAUGAAUACUACAACAAAUUCUCCCAUCCUGUUGUCAGAUAAAGUUUGUGUGGUCAUGAGUUCACAUGUGUGAAGGUUAGUUCAGCACAGAGAUGAAAUGUACCAACGUAUCUGACAUAAACUGCAAAAUAGAACAUGUGGGGAGACUUGUGUGUGUCUGUUAUCCUGGGCUCCACCUUCUGUGAAAAACUGACCUAAAAUCCUUCAAAGCUUCAUUUUACAGCUGAGAAUAACACAGGAGCAAAGUUACACAUUUGUGAACAUGAACUAGACUGAAGCUGAUCCUGGGUUCCUCUGUGCAAACCUGUCAUAUAUGGACAGAUUUGAUGACAAAUACAGUUCAUGUGACUGGACCUUUGACUUAUUAAAGGUACAACAUAGAACAUAUGUGCAGAAA